AUGCUUUUUAAAAAGAGGCCGUUUUUAUCCUUUAUUAAAGAGUAUAAUAAUAACUAUUUUAUAUUAGUUAAGCUAAGUAUCCUAUAUUAUUAUAAGAUUUUUUUAAAGAUAACGGAAUUAUUAACUUUUAAUAAAUAA